AUGGCGACGGAGACGGCCAGCGCCGGCCCGGGCGCCGCCUACGAGGAGGAGCGCAGGAAGCGGAUCCUCGACAACCUCAAGCACCUCGAGAGUCUGGGCAUUUCCAAGAUGGCCAAGAGUCUGGUCCAGGCGACCAGGCAGCAGGGCAAGACCGCCCGUGCGAGCCCCAAGCCGAGGAAGAAGUUCGAGGCCGCCACCGAAGUCAGGCGCUCCUCCAGGGCCAAGACUACAGUUUCCUACAAGGAGGAUUUACCUGAAGUUGACAAUUUUGUGCGCCGCAGAAGGGUUAGCAAAGGUCCAGACAAUGGAAGGGGAUACACUGGAAGAAUUUCUUCUUAUCAGCAACAAAAGCGUGCUUUUAAAAGAGCUGAGAAAUUUCAAGAUAGUCUGGACGCUGGCAACCUAUCGUUUGUUAAACCCAUGGUUCGAUCACAUGUAUCUGGCUGCUUUUGGCUUGGUCUGCCUUCUAGGUUUUGCAAAGAUCAUCUGCCUCCCAGUGAGUAUAAAAUGGUGCUGGAGGAUGAAGAGGGUGGUGAGUUUGAUGUUGUAUGCAUUGGAAAUCGAACAGGUCUGAGUGGCGGAUGGAGAGGCUUUUCGAUGCACCAUGAUCUGGAAGAUGGAGAUUCAUUGGUCUUUGAAUUGGCUGAGCCUGAUAGAUUCAAGGUUUACAUUUUCAAAGCUAUUGAGGAUGCAAAUGAAGCCAAGCCUGGUGCUAAGACUGCUGAUGUGGAUACAAUGGACAGCGAUUCAGCCCAGGAAGAGCCUGACCAGACAGAUUCACCUGCUUCUGAACCCCCUUCUAGCCCUCAACCUCUCGUAGGAGCAAAAAGAAGGAAGCUCCGUGGGAGAUAGUAGCGUUCUUGUUAGAUCCAUCAGACCCAAAAUAUAGGUACUUAGGGCAAGUAUGUUGCCGUAUCAGCAAUGCGCUCUCCUGCCAGGUCAUCUGUUUUGCAUCUUUUUGUUGGCCUC